CAGCGUGUCGUCUACAUAUAUGCAACUUUACCUUUUCGUCUAUCGCACUUGUGGGGGGAUACAUUGGUGGCUUGCUUUAAGCACACCAUCCGAAACCGCUUCACGAUUGGAGGUUUGGCCGCGAUUACAGCAGCAGAAGAAUCGCAUGCGAGGAAACCCCAACAUCGUCGACCAACCAGCAAGUGUCAAUCGUAACUCUAUGUAAUCAAUGCAUUACUGCCCAACGAAUUAUACAAUUGCCGAGGACAUAUAUUACAACUAUAAUGAGGCUCUGCGGGAUAUGAUUAUCGAGUAACCACAUCUUCCUCUAUAGUAAGGAGUUAAGGAAAGGUACCAAUUACUUCGAAAUAGCCUUACGGCAGUAUGGACUGGCAAUAUCCCGAGGCGUCUUUCGAUGACAACCAUUUUGAUAACUUCAAAUAUGAACCCAGACCAUUUAAGAUAAUCAGGAAACUUUCAUCCGAUGGCAAACUUUUGUGCGAAAGAAUAGAGUUAGAUGAGAGCCUGCAGAGAUGGAUCGAAGAGAAUGAAACUUCAAUACAUCGAGGCUGUGAGCCUGGGGCAUUCGUCAUAAUUUUUAGCCGUGACUAUGACCCAGUAUGUUCGUCGCCGUCGCAUCUCCCAGUUUCAAAAAAGGGGUUCGGAAAACUCAUCGAUCUGUUUCGAAUUCACCCCGCGAUCGUCCGAACCAUCCGAAGAGAAGUUCCGUACUUCUCCCGCAUGUACUGCUCUAAAGGAGAGCCAGAUGGGAAUAGCAUCAUAUAUUCGGCGUGUACGAGCGCGGAAGGCUCAAACCAUAUUGGUCUCUCUUCAACUUAUUUGAGAGAUAGAAGGAUAAGUUUGUCCGUCUUUUAUGGGUGCGACGACGAACAAUCUUCCAAUAUAGAGGAGCGUCUAACCAAAGCUGGCCAUGCCAUCUAUCACCCGGUAUUGACUGCUGGUAUCUUGAUGGAACUAGACCGUGACCGGAUCAUGCGGCGAGUACAGCAAGUUAACCGCCGGUCCGUAGAGGGUUUAGAAGCACUAAGUAAUACCUCCCGGGACCCUGAAACUAUUCUCAAUAGGGACGGCGAAAGCACAGACGAUCUAUUAGAUCUCUACGAUGCUGCUGAAGGACUCGUGAAAGAGAUUAAAAUAGUGAAGCGGCAGCUUUCCUAUAUGGGUCAACACAUCCGUGAACUUGAGUAUGCAUUUGUCCCCACGAGAAAGAAAGGAAAACGGCACAGAGGAUUAGUGUUCGAAAAAGAAAAUAUUGCGAGACAAUAUGCGUACCGGAAUUCGUUGAAUGUUGAAAUGCAGAUUCGAGAGCGCCUCGUUGAAAUUGGGGGCGAAUACGAUAAGGGGAUCGACGAUUGCGUUAUGGUAUUGAAUGGCUUGAAAUUCACUACCCAAAUGGCAUCGGACCACGUUGGAAGGCAGCAAACAUUUACUAAUACCAGGAUAGCUAACGAGUCGAAGAAGGAAAAUGCGCAGAUGAGAACAAUAGCUCUGGUAACGAUGGUAUAUCUCCCGUUGACAUCUGUCGCGUCCAUAUUCUCGAUGGGCGUGUUUAAUUGGGAAGCUAGUGGAAAAGAGUCGGUUUUAACAGUUUGGUUCUGGCUGUAUAUAGCCAUAGGAGGUGGCCUCACUGUCUUAACGAUUGGAUCGUGGUGGGUGCUAACUCAGGUAAAAAGAAAGGGGAACGUUUUAACAACCGACGCUGCGAAAAUAGUUUGACACCUAUACCUGAUUGUCAAAUGCAUCUGACAGGAAAAGGGAA